GCGGGACCCUAGUGGACGACGGACGGUGUGAGGCAGCCGCACGUGGGAGGGGACCGGCAGGGCCUCGCGUCGCCGUGCUCCCGGCUGUGGCCUCCGGUGCCCGGCGCCCGGACUCCGCCGUCGGCCUCCCCGACCAGGACGGCGCUCCCAUGAUCGUCCGGUGCCUUUCGGCUGUGCGAGGCCUCCACAGGGUUGGUGGUUGCAGAGUUUUACUCAGAAUGACGUUGGGGAGAGGCGUGAUGACACCUCUGCGGGCGGUUUCCUCCUGUGCUGCGGUCGGCAGAAAUGUUUUAAGAUGGGAUCUCACGCCAGAGCAGAUUAAGACAAGGACCGAAGAGCUUAUCGUGCAGACCAAGCAGGUGUACGAUGCUGUCGGGAUGCUGGAUGUGCAGGAAGUCACCUACGAGAACUGCCUGCAGGUGCUGGCGGAUGUGGAGGUGAAGUACAUAGUGGAAAGAACCAUGCUAGACUUUCCUCAGCACGUGUCUCCUGACAGAGACGUGCGGGCAGCAAGUACAGAAGCUGACAAGAGACUUUCCCGCUUCGAUAUUGAGAUGAGCAUGAGAGCAGAUGUGUUUCAGAGAAUCGCUCACUUACAGGAAACCUGUGAUCUGGAAAAGCUAAAGCCUGAAGCCAGACGAUACUUGGAAAAGUCAAUUAAAAUGGGAAAACGGAAUGGGCUCCAUCUUCCAGCAGAAAUACAGAACGAAAUCAAAUCAAUGAAGAAAAGAAUGAGCGAGCUGUGCAUUGACUUCAACAAAAACCUGAAUGAGGACGAUACCUUCCUUGUAUUUUCCAAGGCUGAGCUUGGUGCUCUUCCUGAUGAUUUCAUUGACAGUUUAGAAAAGACAGAUGAUGACAAGUAUAAAAUUACCUUAAAAUAUCCACACUAUUUUCCUGUCAUGAAGAAAUGUUGUGUUCCUGAAACCAGAAGGAGGAUGGAAAUGGCUUUCAAUACAAGAUGCAAAGAGGAAAACACCCUGAUUCUCCAGCAGUUACUCCCCCUGCGGGCCCAAGUGGCCAAACUCCUGGGCUACAGCACACAUGCCGACUUUGUCCUGGAGAUGAACACCGCCAAGAGCACGAGCCGUGUAACAGCCUUUCUAGACGAUUUAAGCCAGAAAUUAAAACCGUUGGGUGAGGCAGAACGAGAGUUCAUUUUAAAUCUGAAGAGAAAGGAAUGUGAAGAGAAAGGCUUUGAGUACGAUGGGAAGAUCAAUGCCUGGGACCUGCGUUACUACAUGACGCAGACGGAAGAGCUCAAGUACUCCGUGGACCAGGAGUUCAUCAAGGAAUACUUCCCGAUCGAGGUGGUCACCGAAGGCUUGCUCGACAUCUACCAGGAGCUGCUGGGCCUUUCGUUUGAGCAGGUGGCAGACGCUCAUGUUUGGAGUCCGGGUGUCACACUCUACACCGUGAAGGAUAAAGCUACAGGAGAAGUACUGGGCCAGUUCUACCUGGACCUCUACCCAAGGGAAGGCAAAUACAACCACGCCGCCUGCUUCGGCCUGCAGCCCGGCUGCCUGCUGCCGGACGGGAGCCGCAUGAUGGCGGUGGCCGCGCUGGUGGUGAACUUCUCGCAGCCGGCCGCGGGGCGGCCCUCGCUCCUGAGGCACGAUGAAGUGAGGACGUUCUUCCACGAGUUCGGCCACGUCAUGCAUCAGAUCUGUGCGCAGACUGAUUUUGCCCGAUUUAGUGGAACAAAUGUGGAAACUGAUUUUGUGGAGGUGCCAUCGCAAAUGCUGGAAAACUGGGUGUGGGACCCGGACUCCCUCCGAAGACUGUCAAGGCAUUACAGAGAUGGAAGCCCCAUUGCUGAUGAUCUCCUUGAAAAACUUGUUGCUUCUAGACUGGUCAACACAGGUCUCCUGACCCUUCGCCAGAUUGUUCUGAGCAAAGUUGACCAGUCCCUCCAUGCCAACCCAUCCCUGGAUGCCGCAAGUGAAUACGCCAGAUACUGCACAGAGAUUUUAGGUGUUGCAGCUACUCCUGGCACAAAUAUGCCAGCCACGUUUGGGCAUCUGGCAGGGGGAUAUGACGGCCAGUAUUAUGGCUACCUUUGGAGUGAAGUGUUUUCCAUGGACAUGUUUUACAGCUGCUUUAAAAAAGAAGGAAUAAUGAAUCCAGAGGUUGGAAUGAAAUACAGAAACCUAAUCCUGAGACCUGGGGGAUCUCUGGACGGCAUGGACAUGCUCCAGAAUUUCCUGCAGCGCGAGCCAAACCAGAAAGCAUUCCUAAUGAGCCGAGGCCUGCAGGUUGCCUGAGCAGGCCAGCUCUGGUUGCCAGCCCCAGCUGGAGGACAAGCCGACGUCGCCACGUGGCACUGGCCUGCAAACCGAAGGGAGUUUUGCAAACGAACGUUGAGAUUUCUAUUGACUUCCUUUUGCUUCUUAAUUUUAAAAAAUUACCCAGAUGUAAAUGAAAUUAUAAAUACUGUGACCUAAGAAAAGAUCCACUGGCAAAUAAUUGUACUAUAAAAUUUCAUAAAAAUGCAUUUGAUUUCUUUUUAUAAAAGUUUCAUAUGAAUGUAAUUUGAUUUUUUUACUGUUAUGAUCUAAAUAAUAUAAUGUAACAGGACUAGGAAUUUUGAAAUCGAAUCAUACACAUGACGUAAUGUGAUCCUUCUUUAUAUGAGAUUUGUACUUGGGAUUUCUGGACCCCCUCCAUGAGUCAUCACAUUCCUGUGGGGAAUGUCUUCUUAGAGCCCUUCCCUCAGCUUUGAUUCUGUGUCUCACAGUGAGGUGUGACCUCUGCCUACUUACCUCAAGACCAAGGCAAUAAUGCCCCAGUGAGGAUUCUAGACUGUUCUGCUCUGCAGUGAUGUUCCUCCAUGU